AUGGCGUCUCGUGUGACCGAGGUCGCCUCGCGGCUCUACGACGCCUGCCUCGAGAGGUUCGAAGCCGACCACCUCUUCUAUCAGCAAGAUCUACUCGCCCUCGAUGUCAUUCCUAAGGGAGAAAUUGACCUACUGCUGAAAUGCGCCCAGUCGCUGGUUGAUCAAAAAUUGUUUCGACUCCACCAAGGCGCCAAUAACCGCCUCGCAUGGAAGAUUAUUUCUCGUGACGAUGCCGAGAAACUUCAGAAUCUUAGCCCCGACGAGAGCUUGGUGUACAAUGUCAUCCACUCCAGCGGACGCUCCGGCGUCUGGGUGCGCACUAUUCAAUCCCGUACGAAUCUUCACAAAUCCAUCCUCGACCGUUGCGUGAAAUCCCUCGAGAGCAAAAACUACAUCAAGAGUAUUCACAAUGUCAAGUACCCGACUCGGAAGAUGUACAUGCUCGCGGGCCUAGCCCCGAGCGAAGACAUCACCGGAGGUGCCUGGUUCACGGACGGUGUUCUCGAUGCCAAUUUCAUUAACAGUGUCGCUGGUUAUAUCGAAUUCAAAGUGAGCCUACGCAGCUGGUAUGAAGUGCCUGCCGCCGACCGUGGCCGCGGCAAGCGAAUCAAGACUGCCACCGGCAUGGCAGAAGUCAAGUCUGAGUCAGAGAAGACGUACCUCCCCUAUCCAGCCAAUUACUCUGGUUACCCGACCGUCGAAACAAUCACUAGUGAGGUCAACCAGAGCGGUAUCACUCCCGUGCGUCUUCCAGAAGAGCGCGUCAUCGAGCUACUGAAAAUGCUCUGCUUCGACAAGAAACUCGUGGCGCUAAACAACGGCGGCAACUACAAGUCGCUCAAGAAGCCCGAUGAGGUCAAGGCUAGUCAGUCCCGGAAACCCGCCGCCGAAGAGUCAGCCGGCUCGCCUAUUCUCGGCCUGGGCAAGAAUGGAAUGACCGAGUCGCCCUGCGGUUCUUGCCCUAACAUCCGCCUUUGCUCACCCGGUGCUGCCAUCAGCCCGGAGACAUGCGAAUACUUUGACCCGUGGUACGAGAAGGUGCUCGGGUUCUGA